AUGCCUGCAGGAACACGAGCUUCUAACCUUGCUCGGGGCUGGUGUACGAGAGGGCGGACCAACAGCAGGAAAGCAGAUGUCUGUGUUCAAAUGAAGCGUCUUUUGGUGGAGGCAGCCAGAGCUGGCCCCAGGGGGGUGGCAUGUUUUGCCGUGGAGACCAACCUGGCUUCCAAGGACAGCCACUGGGUCUUUGUGAACGAGGAAAUCAGCGACCCAGAGAUCCUGGAUCUGGUCCACAGCGCCCUUGGCAGGAUGACCGUGGUCCGGCAGAUCUUCCCGUCUGCAAAGGACAACCAGAAAUGCAUGAGGAACAACCACCGCAUCUCCUCCCUGCUCUGUGACCCCCAGGAAGGCUACCUCCAGAUGCUGCAGAUCUCCAACCUCUACUUGUAUGACAGUGUUCUGAUGCUGGCCAACGCCUUCCACAGGAAGCUGGAGGACCGGAAGUGGCACAGCAUGGCGAGCCUGAAUUGCAUACGCAAGUCUACCAAGCCAUGGAAUGGAGGGAGGUCCAUGCUGGACACCAUCAAAAAGGGCCACAUCACUGGCCUCACAGGGGUGAUGGAAUUUCGGGAGGACAGCUCAAAUCCCUACGUCCAGUUUGAAAUCCUGGGCACGACCUACAGUGAGACCUUUGGCAAAGACAUGCGUAAGCUGGCUACGUGGGACUCAGAGAAGGGCCUGAAUGGCAGCCUGCAAGAGAGGCCCACGGGCAGCCGCCUCCAAGGACUGACUCUCAAAGUGGUGACUGUCUUGGAAGAGCCUUUCGUGAUGGUGGCUGAGAACAUCCUUGGACAGCCCAAGCGCUACAAAGGGUUCUCCAUUGAUGUCCUGGACGCUCUGGCCAAGGCUCUGGGCUUCAAAUAUGAGAUUUAUCAGGCUCCUGACGGCAGGUACGGUCACCAGCUCCAUAACACCUCCUGGAACGGAAUGAUCGGGGAGCUCAUCAGCAAGAGAGCUGACUUGGCCAUCUCCGCCAUCACCAUCACCCCGGAGAGGGAGAGCGUUGUGGACUUUAGCAAGCGGUACAUGGACUAUUCGGUGGGGAUCCUAAUCAAGAAGCCCGAGGAGAAAAUCAGCAUCUUCUCUCUUUUUGCUCCUUUUGAUUUCGCGGUCUGGGCCUGCAUUGCGGCAGCCAUCCCUGUUGUUGGCGUGCUGAUAUUUGUGUUGAACCGGAUACAGGCUGUGAGGGCUCAGAAUGCCGCCCAGCCCCGACCCUCCACUUCAGCCACCUUGCACAGUGCCAUCUGGAUCGUCUAUGGAGCCUUUGUACAGCAAGGUGGUGAGUCCUCAGUGAACUCCAUGGCCAUGCGCAUUGUGAUGGGCAGCUGGUGGCUCUUCACUCUCAUCGUGUGCUCCUCCUACACAGCCAAUCUGGCUGCUUUCCUCACAGUGUCCAGGAUGGACAACCCCAUAAGGACAUUCCAGGAUCUCUCCAAACAAGUGGAGAUAUCUUAUGGCACCGUCCGAGAUUCCGCUGUGUAUGAGUACUUCAGAGCCAAGGGCACCAACCCCCUGGAGCAAGACAGCACAUUUGCCGAGCUCUGGCGGACCAUCAGCAAGAAUGGAGGGGCUGACAACUGCGUGUCCAGUCCUUCGGAAGGCAUCAGGAAGGCAAAGAAGGGGAACUACGCCUUUCUGUGGGAUGUGGCUGUGGUGGAGUAUGCAGCCCUGACGGAUGACGACUGCUCUGUGACCGUCAUCAGCAACAGCGUCAGCAGCAAGGGCUACGGGAUCGCUCUGCAGCACGGCAGCCCCUACAGGGACCUCUUCUCCCAGAGGAUCCUGGAGCUGCAGGACACCGGGGACCUGGAUGUGCUCAAGCAGAAGUGGUGGCCACACACAGGCCGCUGCGACCUCAGCAGCCACGCCAGUGCCCAGACUGAUGGCAAAUCCCUCAAGCUGCACAGCUUUGCCGGGGUCUUCUGCAUCCUGGCCAUCGGCCUCCUCCUUGCCUGCCUGGUGGCCGCCCUGGAGUUGUGGUGGAACAGCAACCGGUGCCACCAGGAGACCCCCAAAGAGGAUAAAGAAGUGAAUCUGGAACAGGUCCAUCGACGCAUGAACAGUCUAAUGGAUGAAGACAUUGCUCACAAGCAGAUUUCCGCAGCGUCCAUCGAGCUCUCGGCCCUGGAGAUGGGGGGCCUGGCUCCCAGCCAGACCUUGGAGCCGACGCGGGAGUACCAGAACACCCAGCUCUCGGUCAGCACCUUUCUGCCGGAGCAAAGCAGCCAUGGCACCAGCCGGACACUGUCGUCAGGGCCCAGCAGCAGCCUGCCGCUGCCUCUGAGCAGCUCAGCCACCAUGCCCUCCAUGCAGUGCAAACAUAGGUCGCCCAACGGGGGACUGUUCCGCCAGAGCCCGGUGAAGACCCCCAUCCCCAUGUCCUUCCAGCCCGUGCCUGGAGGCGUCCUCCCAGAGGCCUUGGACACCUCCCACGGCACCUCCAUCUGACCGUGCUGCCCUUCCACCCACCCGACCAGCAGAGCUUUUUAAUACGAGGAAACAGCAACACCAACCACACACACACGCACACACACACACACAUACAAGGACUCUUUCAUUUUUCUUGUACAUACAUGUAAAUAAUGACAGAAUGGAGUGGGGUAAAAGUGUAUUUUGAAUAUUCCCAAUUUUCGAAGUCAGUAAA